AUGAUAGACUUGGGAUGGAGAUCCGUUAUUCGACAAGGCAGCGGCCACCACUACGGCGGCAUCAGCCUGGUGGAAGGAGCGCUGCUUCUGGACUUGUCCGCCCUCAGAAACGUUCAGGUGGACCCCUCCUCGCGGCUGGCGCGGGUGGGUCCGGCAGUCACCUGCCGGCAGCUGCGUGCCGCCCUGGGCCCCCACGGACUCCACUUCCCGCUGCCCCACCUGUCGGACGUAGGGCUGUCUGGCUACCUGCUAGGCGGGUGGUGGGAGUGGGGGUGGUGGAGGUGUAGUAGGCGGUUUAGGGGUAACCUGGUAAUGAGGGGAGGACUUGAAGAGCAACCGCCUGAGUUGGGCUGGGGCUGGGGCUGGGGUGGAAAUGAUGGCGGUGGCAACGGUUGGGGUGUACGGCAGUGGGGUGCUGCAGCGGACAAUGUGGAGGAGAUGGAAGUGGUGCUGCUGCAGGGAGGAGGUGGCAGUGGCAGCGGAGUGGAGUCAGAGUCCUCCUCCGGGUGUUGUGGUGUGGUUCGUGUCAGUAACCGGAGCGACCGCGAGCUGUUUUGGGGACUUCGUGGUGGCGGCUCCUUCCUAGGAGUGGCGACGGAGUUCGUGUUACGGCUCUAUGUCGUACCGCCCCGGCUGCCACUCAUCACCGCCACCUAUCCGCUACGUCUGCUGGGUCAGUUGCGGGCGCUGUAUCCUGACGCCCGUUUGUCACUCCAAGAGGGGCCUAUGCCGUACGAGGAGGCGCUUUCCGUACUGGAUGCCUCCUGGAGUUGGCCGGGCCUGUGCAUGUACGGCCAUGGCGUGUUCGUACCCGUGCCGUCGCUGCGUGACUAUGGCGGCGAUGGAGACAACGGUGGUGGCGGCGGCAGUGUGGCGGCCGUACUGGCCGCCGCUGCCGCCAGCAUGACGUGCCGACGUUCCAUUCUUUUGGUGUGCCCCAGCGCCCCUUCAAUACCCGGUUGUGCUGCUGCUGCUGCCGCCACCAUCACCGCCGCCGCCGUCGCGCCUGCCGUACAAACCGCCGCCGCUGCAGGCACUGUUGGCGACGGGAAUGUGCCGUGCGCUGCAAGACAAGGAGAAGUAGAAUUCGUCCCCGGGUCAUUGAGCUUUCGAGACACGUUUUACCUGGGUAUUUACGGCAUGUGGACCCGCAGCCAGGAAGGGGCCAUCGUCGACGGUGACGCAAGCCACGUGGGAUGGGUACGAACUUGUGCCACCGCCCUGGAGCCGUACACUGUCGGAUUGUACGGCAAUGAGGUGAUGCACGACGAGCGGGGGCAGCAGGAUGUUGCAGUCCAAGGUCCAAGGUGUGCCGCACACCGGGUCCUCCAGGAGCCCCAGUUCAAUCCCAGCAUCCCCCCCAAUGAGGGGCAAUCUCGGGGUUGCCUCAAUGCAGCGGUCCCUGAUUUUGUCUCUGCUGGCCUCGGGGCCUUCCGCAUAUGCCUACUGGAGAUGAUACUACUAACCGGCAUCACGUGCAACAUCAAGGCGUGCUCCAUGCGCAUGGGUGGGAACAGCAUGGCGGCUGGCCCAGGAGGGCAAGAGGAGCUGUGCCAGUACUCAUGGAACUACGGCAGCAGUUCCAAGCAACAUACCCAAGCCAUGGCAGAACCUUCAUGCAACAACGAUAGUAGCAUGGGGAGCUUGUGCGUGGCGUCGCUCGUCAGGGACCUGCUGGCAGUGCCCGGGCUCAAGGUCAACCCGAGUACGGAGCUCCGAAACAAGGUGGAGGAUGCCGUGGAGGGCUUCCUGGAGCAGUGCCUCAACAUACGCGUGGCGCCGGUGCGGCCGGUCAAUCUCCUGCUGCUGGAGCAAGCCCGGGACCGCGGCGCCUACUACUUGAGCGACCUGGUUCUGUCGCAGCUGGGCUUCCGGCUGAACCUAACCUUUGCAAACAUCUUUGAUUUGACGCCAACGGUUGUUUCCAGCUUCCGAGCCCCUGGGGGUCCCUUCCUGGACGGUUUCAGCAUCGACCCUUCCGCAGUUGUGGAUCUAUCUGAGGUGGAUGCGCUGGCACCCCUGGAGAAAUUUGUGCUCGAGGACCCUAAGAUUGCCUGGGCGGAUGUACUGCCGUUCUUUCGCCAGGUAGCCACCAUAUACGACGGCCACCUCAUAACCGUACCCUUCUCAGGCCAGGCCAGUGUGCUGUAUUACAGGAGGGACGUGUUGGCGCAGUGGCAGUUGCCUCCCCCGGCCACGUGGGAGGACCUCUUGUACGCCGCCAGGAUGAUAAACGGCUCCGAUAUGAACGGUGAUGAAGUGGGGGAUUACUCCAUCUGCUGGCAAAUGGAGGACUGUCUGGAGGCGCCGGUGCUGCUGGUGCAAGUGGCGGCGCCCUUCUUGCAGUCUAUGGUCAGUAUGGGCACUGGUCAGGGUUGGAUGUUCGACCCCACCGACAUGACCCUGCUGCUCAACAGCACAGCCAUGAUACGGGCCAUGGAGCUGCUCCGGGAGCUGCAGCUGCGCGACCUGCCAAUGCACUCACACCCAACGCGCACCGGAGGAACCCAGCGUCUCAUCUCAGCCUUCAUCACCCCCAUCGACUUCACCCGGGGAGGGGGGGGACCAGCGAAACUGACAGCACCAGGUCUGGGUUGUAAUUUAGUUCAUGUCAACUUCAUCAACCGCACAUGCGCUUUCACGAUAAAGUGGAGCGAGCAAUUCAAGGGCACUCAGUUGUAUGGUAUGGAGGGUCUUGUGGGAGUUACCCAACUUCCGGGCUCAACAGAAGUGCUCAACCGAACCACGGGGCGGUUGGAGCGGUGUACGGCAAUCAACUGCCCACACGCCACCAACGAAACUAGCAUGGUGGCUGGCGGAAAGGUGGUCCUAGUCAACCGCGCGCCGCACUUUGGAUUUGGCGGCUUCGGGGGUGCGGCACGCAAGGGCAUCGACCCCGGCUACCAGACCGCCAUCUAUCAGUUCUUCGCGAAUCUGGCGGGACCUGAGCUCAGCUGGGAGUUUGUGCUGGACCUCCAAUCGCCCGUGGGCCCUUUCCGCCAAUCCCAAGUGGAUGUGAACGACGAAACCAAUUUCAAGAGAUGGACGGAUCGCGGUUACCAUCCUGGCGCUACCCGGGACUUCCUGACCGCCUGGACAGCCUCCAUUCGCAACCCCAACGUGGCGCUGGACAUUCGGAUCCGUAACUCGUUCUUGUACAGGCGGAUUCUAUCUGACGCCGCCGCCGCGCUUCUUACGGAUGCCACCCUGGAGUCCAUUCUCGCAAACCUGACGUCGCAAUUUAUGGCCGUACUGAAUAGCAGUGGGAACCUGAGUGCGAUUCAAACCGGUUACCGCGCAGCUCUGGGCUACAUAACGAGCACUGAGUCGCCGCGGAAAGAAGGGGACGACUCCCAGCACAGCUCGAAGCCGUGCUGCCUGACGAGCUCCCGACGGGAUCUGCAGACCACCCUGCCUGUAGCGCUGGUGGUGAUGGUGCUGCUGCUGAUGUUGUCGGGAUACUGGCUGUGGUGUCGAGCUCACAGGCGCAGUCUCCUUGGCUCCCCCCUGGCCCCCAAGCCCCGCCCCGAAACCACCCUCUUGGUAGCCACCCUGCCUGAUCUACCCGCCCUCCUGAGGGACCUACCCGAGCCCAUCAUGAUCCGCGGCGGUGGCGGCGGCGUCGACACCGAUGGCUCCAAGGCAGCUGCCGCCGCCGCGUCGGCGGCGCUGGCGGCGGCGCUGCUGACGCCGGAAAGCGCGUUGCAGCUAGGGCCGCUGGCCGCGGAGUCCUGGUACAUGUUGUGUGCUUUUGGGUCGCCACGCGACGCGCUGCGAUUCGCCGCCGCAGCGCAACUGGGGCUUAUGCAAUUAGAUUGGCCGCCGGGGCUGCUGCGCCAUCGAAAGUGCGAGCCGCUGUACGCACUUCCACAGCAACAGCAACAGCAACGACAUACCGACGAACAGCACUUGGAACGCGAUGGCAACCGAACCACAACCGCUGGUUUCGGAAGCCCAUCAGUGCCCUACAGCAUUGACGACGCCUGCGGCGACGGCGGCCUCAGCGGAACAGGGUCGUCAGGACGGGCGUUGGGGCAGUUGGCGAAGCACAUGGGAGGUCAGAGCGUCAAUGCCGCCGCCGCCGCGGCGGCGGCGGCGAUCACUUCCGCAGUUACGUCAUGGGUGAUGGACCUUCCGGACCCUUUGGGCUCGAGUGCGGCUUCUUUCUCUGCUGCGGGGGAUUCAAGAGCGGCCUCAUUCUCGCAGCGUUAUAGAACCAUGUCACGCCUGGCGCUGUUGUACAGCACCAACGGGGGUGGCGGCGCCGGCGCCGACAGCAGCGGUGGCCGCUGCGCAAGCGGCGGCAGCGUUCACAUUAUCCGCCCUUUUGGAGUGACCGACAGCGAGGCUGGCACUCUGCUGCCUCAGCCGUCACCGCCGCCGCGCAUGGGACACCUUCCGGCCGCAGCCAUUGCCGCCGCCGUGUCCGCCGACGCAGCAGCAGCCCAGCGGCGGGAACGCGGCGGCAUGGGGCUACAGGUCGUACGACUGGCGCAGUAUUACCGCGCCGUCUACAGGGUCGUCAAUGCCCGGGGCCAGUUGAUGUCGUACUUCAAGCCCUCCGCCAACAUUGCCGCCGCCGGCGGCAGAGCAGGUGGCCGUGGCGGUGGCGCCGUCUGCAGCACGGCUGCUGCUGCGGCACCGCCCCGAAACGACGGGAUUGACAAUGCCGUACAGAUGUGCCCUGCUGGGCCGUCGACGGUGGAGGAAGCGCUGCCGCGGGUGACGCCGGCGGAGGCCCGACGUACGGCUGAUGUGGCUCAGUCGUCGUACACUCGCUUCUCCGACCCGCUCUGUGGGCAUGGAACGGCCAACCAAGACGUUGAAGACGACCUGGACAAGGUUGCCACCGCCGCUACGGCGGCGGCCGUAGCUGCGGCAGCUGCUGCCGUGGGGGCCGUGAAGGGCACUGGUUCUGCGGGAGCAGCAGCGGCGCUGACUUGGGAGACCGGCGGCGGCAGUGGCAGCAGUGGCGGCGGCGGCGGCGGCGGCCGCGCCUUUUUUGAGCUCCGGACGGCUGAUGGCGGUGGUGGCCGUGGCGGCGGUGGCAGUGGCGCCUGCUCGGAAGGCGGUGGCAAGGAGAAGGAUAAGUGCAGGUCUGGCGCUGGAGCUGGCGCUGGAGGGGAGGCGGGAGGUGGCGGCGGUGGCGGCGGUGGCGGCGGCGGCGGCGGCGGUGGGUUGCACCGACGGAACAGCCGAAAUAUCCCUCUACCCUUCCGCCGGGAGAGCAGUGGCAUCUUCCGUUCCAAAUCCAUCCUGGAAGCGGAGGGCCGGAUGCAUCUGGUUCGCAACCUGGCAUCCGGCGGCGGCGGCGGCGGCGGCGGAAGUGACGACGAGGAAUCCGAGCCGGAGCCGGAGCUGGAAAUGCUGGCUGAAGAGACUUGUACGGAAAGGUAUUCGAACAGGCCACACAGCGGCGGCGGCGGCGGCGGCAGCGGCUAUGGCCGGCAGUUGCGCGGCGCCGAGGCGUUGGCGUCGGCAUCGGUGUCGCAGAGGCGCUUGAUGCGGCAGGCGAGGGCGGCAGCGGCGGCGAUGGCAGCAGCUGCGGUGGCGGCGGUGACGACGGCGGCGACGCCACUGCGGUUUUCGCUGACGUCGCUGGGUUUGACGGAGGCUGGCGAGGCCGCAGAAGUGGAGGAGAAGGGGCGCAAUGAGGAGGUGGAGCUACUGCUUGCGGAGUUUGGGACGCUCGUUCAGCGCGGCCUCCGUGUGUGCAUGGGCCUCAGCUCAGGCGUCUCGUCAAAUGAAGUGUCGUACAACAAGACCGCCAAGCGCAUGCAGUAUGGCGGGCCCAGCCUGCACGUGGCACGUGCCGUGUCGUACUCGGCGCACGGCACCGCAUCCCGACUUUUGCUGAGCGGCUUCGCAUACAAGCAGCUAGGAUCCUUUCGGGGUCCGGGAGGGGGUUGGGGGGGAGACCCCCCGGGGCUGCGUGCGGGUUAUGGUCCCGGAGCCAAGGCGCGUGGCGGAGGCCGAGGCGGAGGCGGCGCCGUGACGGUUCUCAACAUUGGCGAGUACAGGUUACGGCGGCCGUACAUGCUGCCGCAGGCGUUGGAUCUGUACAUGGUACCCCCUCACCGCAGCACGCUCCUGGCCUGGGACGUGUCCGAGGCCCAGGCCGCUCUGUCCCUAUUCCAGUUUGUGGCCACGCGACAGGUGGCGACAUUCGGGGGGUAUCUGGUGGAGCUGGCGGAUGGGCUGUGUUUGGCAGCGUUCACGGACCCCGCGGCCGCCAUCAGGUGUGGCCUCACCCUCCUAGACCGGCUGGUAUCUGCGGACUGGAGUCCCAAGCUGCUUGAGCAUGAGCUGUGUGAGGAGGUGGUGGUUUCGGAGAUCGGAAUUGAUGUAGGGCCCGUCAAGGCGGAGAUCAGCGCUGUCACCGGCCGCGUGUCGUACAGAGGAAAGUGCAUGAACCGUGCGGCACGGAUUGCCGCCAAGGCGCCCGCCGGUCAGCUCUGGUGCAGCGGAGACGUCUGGCGAGCCUGCGGAGGCACAUCCGCGCCGCCGGCACCGCCGCCGCCGCCGCCGCCGCCGCCACAAACUCAGGCAGCGAUGCCGCCGCAACUACUUUCCCCUCGUCCGGCAUUGCAGCCCUCCCCCCUCCACCAUUCCUUGUCGCAUCGAGAGACGACCGCGAUAGCGACGAUGGGUGUACGGCGACGGGGCAGCACCUGUACGACAGACGGUGGCGGAGGCGACGAUGACGGUAGCGAGCAGAUGCACACGCCUGUGACGGCUCGUUACCAGGGCCGCCACCAACUGAAGGGCGUUUCAGAGCCGAUGGAUUUAUGGAGCUGCAGGUUCGACGGCGGCGCUGCCGGAAACUUCCCCAGCGUCUGCAUGUCGCCGUCGUACGCGCUCUCCCCUUCCGUACUUCGGCGAGCCUCUGCCGUACUCGGCAGCGGCGGCGGCGGGACUCUAAUGAUGACGCAGAGCGCGCCUCUUUCCGCUCAUGCCAUACAGGCCGCGUCCGCUGCGGCACCGAUAGAAGCGGCACUGCCGGCGGAAGCCGUACCGGCACCUAGCACGCCAGAUCGCAGGGGUGGCGGCGCCGCCCCUUCCGCCUCCGCCGCCAUCGCUGCAGCAGGCGCAGGCUUCCGCCAGGUCUUCCCGGGCCAUAGGAGGUCACUGGAGGCUCUCACCAUGGACAUGAGCUCGUCCCUGCCCGACAACAACCAACUCAACUACCAACGGGCACCGUCGGACAGUGGCGUCAACAAGCCGGGCUCGCCGUGUGCUGCUGGGUGGGCUGCUAGCGGCAGCAGCGGCGGCGGCGGCGUCAGGGUUGGCGGCAACGGUAGCGCCGGCCAGUCGCUGCGUGGUGGUGUGGCGUCGAUGUCAAUGCCGAUGAAGACUCCGCCGCGGCCACUGGCACCGCUGCCGCCACCGCCGUUGGGUUACGGAUGUCCGGCAAGGCCCCUCUUCUCCGCCGGACGGCAGGUUGAUAACGGUUUGGAUUUGGAAUCCCCUUUCACCGACCACCCCGCCUUCGUCAAAACCAUGUCUUCAAUGGAUUGGAGUGUUCGUAGCGGCGCCGGUGGCGCUGGCGGCGCUGCCAGUGUUCGCCUCGAGAUGGCGCUACAGGGUCGGGCAACAUUGCGCUACGGGCUUGCGGAAGGGGCCACAUUGCCCAUGUCCUGA